UGCUCGAAACAGGGCGGUUCCUCCACUCAUGAAGCAUCGGGUCCGCAUUGCAAUGUGGAUGGGCUGGCCACGGGUUUGAGGGGGAGAACUUUAAAAUGCCGCGACCACGCCGCACGCCGCCUCCCCCACGUCGCGGCGCAACGGUCCUCCUCCCCUUGAACACCUGGUAUUGCCAACCGUGUGAUUCCGUCCGCUUGACCACAACCACCCAGCUUCCUCGUCCCUCAGACCUGCUUUCAGGAUUGCUAGCACAGGCAAGGAACGUACGCUACUAUGCAGAUCAAGGGCCACACUUUCCUCGUCACGGGUGGCCUCGGCGGCCUGGGAAGCGACUGCUCGCGAAUGCUCUGCGAGCUGGGGGCAAAUGUGGCUGUGGCGGACGUGGCGCCUGGUGACCAAGGUCGUGCCAAGCUUCAGGAGCAAUUCAAGGAUACGAAGGACGCGAAUGUAGACUACUACACUCUCGAUGUGACCGAUGAAGCCCAAGCACAGGCCGUCGUCGAGGCCAUCAUCAAGCGUUUCGGCUCCAUCCACGGUCUCGUGCACUGCGCUGGCGUCGCGUUGAGGCGUCAAUGGACGACGAAGUUAAGCGACGGCGUGGCCGCCUUUCGAAAGACGCUCGACAUCAAUGUCACCGGCACCUAUAUCAUGGGCGCUGCGGUGGCCGACGCCAUCAACGCGCGAGCACCUGAAGAACGGGCAAAUGCGGGCAGCUUGUGGAGCACAAAGGAAGAGCGAGGCGUCAUCAUCAACUUCUCCAGCGUUGCUGGACACGAGCCCACGGCUAGAGUCGUCGGCUACGGACCCAGCAAGACGGCCGUGCUUGGCCUGACGAGGAGCUUUGCCGACUUUCUGGCGCCCAGUGGCAUCCGGGUCAACAGCGUCAGCCCCGGUCUGAUUGCCACUCCCAUCCUUGGUACACACGCCGGUUGGUACCAGAAGGACCUUGAAGCCAACGGUGGCUUUCCAAAAGCGCCCGCUCAGCCGAAACACAUUUCCAUGGCUGUCCAGCAGCUGAUCGAGAACGAAUUUAUCAAUGGCGAAGACGUCAAGAUUACGGGCGGCUGGAGGCUCGUCUCGACAGUCUUUCCCGGUCAAGAAGACCCGAGAGCGUCGGCGCCCGGAAUUGAGUGAGGAGAGGCUUGCCUAGCCUUCUUCUCCUGGCCACCGAUGGGCAUCUUCUGCUUGCCUUCCCACCGCGGCUACCUUUUCUCCUUCUCUUCUUCAGGGCUUCCCUCUUAUGCACAUAACAAGAGCUUCUCUCCCCGCGAACAAGCUGCCUCGUGAUCACCACUUUGUCCUGAUUGCGAGCACGCUUGCCGAUGACGCAUGCACGUACGUUCCGACGCUUGCCUUGUUGGGCAUAGCGUGUAAUUGCCAUUCAAUUCUUCCGAGGCAUCUAUUUGAACC